GGCCAAUAGAUCUGGGUUUUGUCCAGGGGUCUCUGGGUUUAAAGCUCCCUACAACCACUUGAGCUCAUUUUCCCUGUGACUUGGCCGGGUACAACUUCUUUCUCUGCCCAAGCUGUUAAAAAUCUUAAACUUUACCCUUCGGAAUUCUUUCAGUUGUGCGACAGAUACAACCUAUCCCUUAGCAAAAAUGGAAGCUAUCAAGAAAAAGAUGCAGAUGUUGAAGUUAGACAAGGAGAAUGCCAUUGACAGAGCAGAGCAGGCUGAAACGGAUAAGAAGGCAGCCGAGGACAAAUGCAAACAGGUAGAGGAUGAGCUGGUAGCUCUGCAGAAAAAGUUGAAAGGAACUGAAGAUGAGCUGGAUAAGUACUCGGAGGCUCUCAAAGAUGCCCAGGAGAAACUAGAGCAGGCUGAAAAGAAGGCCACUGAUGCUGAAGGUGAGGUGGCAGCGCUGAACAGACGUAUCCAGCUCGUGGAAGAGGAGCUGGAUCGUGCCCAGGAACGGCUGGCCACAGCCCUGCAGAAACUGGAGGAGGCUGAGAAAGCGGCGGAUGAGAGCGAGAGAGGAAUGAAGGUUAUUGAGAACAGAGCGAUGAAAGAUGAAGAGAAAAUGGAAAUUCAGGAAAUGCAGCUGAAGGAGGCUAAGCAUAUUGCUGAAGAAGCCGACCGCAAAUACGAAGAGGUUGCCCGUAAACUGGUUAUUUUGGAGGGUGAACUGGAAAGAGCUGAAGAGCGCGCAGAGGUGUCCGAAGUUAAAUGUAGUGACCUUGAAGAGGAGUUAAAGAAUGUCACUAACAACCUGAAGUCUUUGGAAGCUCAAUCUGAAAAGUACUCGGAAAAAGAAGAUAAAUAUGAAGAAGAAAUCAAGAUUCUCUCUGACAAGCUUAAAGAAGCUGAAACUCGUGCUGAAUUUGCGGAGAGAACAGUUGCCAAACUGGAAAAGUCUAUUGAUGACCUGGAAGAAAAACUUGCUCAAGCAAAAGAAGAGAACUUGGGGUUGCACCAGACACUGGACCAGACGCUAAACGAACUGAACUGUAUAUGAGACUGCGGAGAGCUCUCGGCGGCCAACAGAAACCCAAACCUCUGCCUGCAUUUACCGUAUCGUUCCUCUCUCUCUCUGUAUCCUGGGAAAAACGAUUAAGUUAUGAACAGCGCCCGCCUGCGUAAGGCUCUGGGCGCGGCUCGAGGGCAGUCUCACACCUCUCACCCCUCCGGCCCACUCCUCCCGCAGGCGGCGGCUGCCGACGCUCCUGCAGCGCGCGGGAGAGCGCGAGCCGCGCCCGGGGCCGCGUGACCCCCCUCGGUUUUCGUGUCCGCAGGUUAUCGAUCGCGCGGCUGUAGCUUUUCCUCGCGGUUGGUUGGUCGGUUUUAGAUGAGCCCCGGCAGAAGCUGUACCCGCGCAGGAGCGCCGCCCGCCGCGGUGCGCCUGUUACUGACGUUUCAUAUUAAACGAUUUCUCACAGUA